AUGUGCUACUCGCAUUCCCACAAUUACUCAUUGCCUCGCUCCCUGUCUGACAAAAAGGAAUCUUUAAACCUGAUAUUGGAAUUAGUAUACGUAUGUUUGCCCUUCUGCCUGGACUCCAGGAAAUUCAUUACGAGCCUUGGAGGGAAUGGCCCAAUGUUCAUCAGAUGUGGACGAACCAAUGUGAGUGCUACUGUGUUAAUUCAUUGUUCUCCGUCACUUCUAUAUUCAGGUCAAACUCUUGACCUGCUAAUACUCUUUUUCUUUGUAGCUUUACAACAUCUUUUUAAAUCGCUUUUUGCUCUCAAUUACAGAGACUCAAUUUCGACCAAACUUACCCAGCUAGCUACAAGGGUAGGGCGCUUGCUAACGCCAGUCUCACACUUGAACACCUCUCAAUGUCGUUCAUGGGAGAAGCUAGCCAUUUUCUCAAAGCUCGAGAACUUUCCUGAAAGUAAUUGGCCUAACUUGACUUGGCUUGCGCUGACUUCACGACUGCUCGUGCCACGGGAGCGCUCGGCGGAGUUGGAUGAUAUGCUUCAGGCAGCGGCGGCGGCGACUAUGGAUAUGCCAAAUCUUGGAAAAAAAAAAAAAAAAAAAGGAAAUAUGGAACGGAGAGAAGGGGCUUGGGACUCUGUAUCAUUGAAGCAUUGCGGCCAAGGAAAUGUUAUCAUCAAGGAGUUACUGGAUAUUAGUGAUAGUAGCAAGUCUCAUGGUAACGCCAUACGCCAUUUGCAAUUGUCAAAGCCUGUCGUUCGCCCUGCCUCACUGCGCCAGAUUCAGAUGAUGCACACAGUUUGA